AUGGACUCUGGAACUGAAGGCUCAGAGCCCCGCAGCUCAUCCGUGCGACACCCCACUGACCGGCCGCCCUGCCACCAGAACUCGUUCCCAGAAAGCGGCUCAGAUGUGGAGGAGAAAGCACUGGAAGGGAAAGAGGAGACGUUACUGUCGCCGUUGAGAGAGAGCCGCACCCAAAGGCGAGGGUCAGAGCCCAGGACAGAGGAGGAGGAUCCCAGGGAAAGUGAGCCCAAAAGGGACAGCUGCAUUUCCGGAUCAGAAUCGGAAGGCUGCUUCAGUUGGGAGGGCUCCGGCAAGAGGAAAGCCAUUUCCAGCGACAGCACCUGCCCCCCAGCAGCAGGGGCCUCUCCAGCAGGUGAGCGCAGUGUGACUCCGGGAAAGAGGAAACGGACGACGCCGGACUUGGGCCAGGGCAGCGAGAGCGAGGAGACCGUGGGUGCCCAGCGCAGGAGACGCGGGGCGCGGGGCGCCGGGCGCGGCCGGCGGAGCAGGUGCAGGUCCCCGGGAGACCGGCCGCCCCCACUUCGGAAGAGGCUGGUGACCGCCGUGCGCGCCCUGUCUGAGGCCGUCAGUCAGGACGUGGCUGGGGCGUGGGAGCAGCGGGAGCGUUCCCCGCUGACCUGGGAGCAGCGCUCCGAGCUCGGGCGGCUCUGGGCACCUCUGUGCGCGGCCUUGCAGACCGUCUACACCAUGGCCAACCAGGCGGCCUACGUCUUCCCUGCAGAGAGCUGGCUCGUCCCAGCCCCGCCGCCGGGCCCCCGGGCUCCAGCUGGGGGUACAGGAGAAGCCUGGGGCUCCCCCCGCGAGGGAUACAGGGCCUCCCCUCCCCGGGUCGGGAGCGAGGCCGCCCGCGCCCCGGAAGGCACCCGCGCUGGCACAGAGCUGCGCGCGCAGCCCCCGCGGUGAGACCAAGGCCCUGCUACCGCCCACACUGCGGGUACCGCGCGUGUCAGACUUGGGGCGCUCGGAGCAAAGGCACUGCAAACACCGAGUGCGGAGCUGACGAGCUCGUGUCCCAUUUCGUGUUAGGCACUGUAGUGUGUUUUGAGGGUCUUAGGAUGGCCGAGCAUUAUUUCUUGAUGAGAACAGGUAUUGGGUGUAAUUCCUCUGUUGUUGCCAACGUCUCGCCAAGUAAACAUACUUCUCUCCUCCCCUUUGAUCCGAAAAGGCGCUAAGUCUUGGGUCCCCUGCCUCCAGUCUUGGAGGACUGAAGCCACAGGCCUGGGGGAGCAACUAUGUGGAGGGAUGGUUGUACUGUUCAGUUUGGUGAAGUCACCAUGUCGGUUUGUCCUUCGCUCUUCAGUUACUCUAUAUGA